CGUCCCCAUUUCAACAUGUUAGAGAACAUGAGUUCCAUUAUUCUUUUCCCACUUAUUCUCAUGAACAUAAUCAUCUUCUCAUUCAACUUAUCAACAGCUGCAGAUUCCAUGUACAAUGUCCAAAACUAUGGAGCCAAAUCCGAUGGCAAAUCGGAUUCGUCCAAGGCGUUCGUUAGUGCAUGGACUGCAGCAUGUGCAUCUACUAGCGCAGCCACCAUUUACGUGCCAAAGGGAAGUUACUUUCUCCGGAAUGCAUACUUUUAUGGUCAAACAUGCAAGAGUAAUGCCAUAACGAUACGCAUUGAAGGCACACUUAUAGCUUCUUCUGACUAUAAUGUUAUUGGAAAAUCUGGCAAUUGGAUUAAAUUUGAAAGAGUCACCGGAGUUUCCAUCGUUGGCGGAACUCUAGAUGGACAAGGUGCUGGUCUUUGGGCAUGCAAAAACUCUGGCAAAGGUUGUCCCAGAGGAGCCACGACAUUAGCUUUUUACAACUCAAAUAACAUUGCAAUAAGUGGAUUAACUUCACAAGACAGCCAGAUGUUCCACAUUUUGUUAGACGGCUGCCACAAUGCGCAGUUACAAGGAGUGAAGGUUUCAGCACCAGAAAACAGCCCCAACACCGAUGGAAUUCAUUUACAGUUAUCUUCUGAUGUUACCAUCCUUAAUUCCCAAAUAGGAACUGGUGAUGAUUGUAUCUCAAUUGGUCCUGGCAACUCCAACUUGUGGAUCGAAAACAUUGCCUGUGGCCCCGGCCAUGGAAUAAGUAUUGGGAGCUUAGGUUGGGAUAUGCAAGAGCCAGGAGUACAAAAUGUGACAGUUAAAACAUCAACAUUUACAGGGACUGAGAAUGGUGUGAGGGUCAAAACUUGGGCAAGGCCUAGCAAUGGCUUCGUUAGGAAUGUACUUUUUCAACAUGUAGUGAUGAACGAUGUUGAAAAUCCCAUCAUUAUAGAUCAAAAUUACUGCCCUGGUAGUGGAAAUUGUCCUGCGCAGGGUUCAGGCAUCAAGAUUAGUGAUAUAACUUAUGAGGACGUACACGGAACAUCGGCUACAGAAAUUGGGGUGAAAUUUGACUGUAGCAAAACAAAUCCUUGUAAUGGGAUAAAACUACUGGACGUGAAACUUAGUUAUAAGGAUCACCCAGCCCAAGCUUCAUGCGUUAAUGCUGGAGGAAUGGCUUCUGGUCUACAACAACCUACUAGCUGCUUACAAGUUUGAACAAAAGAAGAGGAACAUUCCAUGUCUUAUUAUAUUUAACUUUAUAUUUACAUAGGAGAUUUAAAAUUAUAGUAGUACACUAUAGGAGUAUGUUUUAUAAAAACCAUUAGACUUGCUAGAGCCUGUGGUUGAAACAUCUUUAGCCUUCUUGGCAUUGGGCCUGGCCUUGCAAGAUCUCUGUUCUGGUUCCAAAAUAUAUUGGAUGUGAUAUAUUAAACUUAAUUAAUCUCAAACAUCCAUUUUGGAGUUUACCCUCUCUACCCAAUUUAUAUGAUAUAGUUUGAAUUUCGAGAGUCAAUUAUGAGAAA